AUGACAUGUUAUUAUGGCUACUCACAGCGCCAUAGGAGGGCAGAAGCGUGGGAUUUGAUUAAAUCCUUUGCACUCCGGUCCACCUUACCAUGGGUUAUGAUUGGAGAUUUUAAUGAUCUCCUGUUUCAACACGAGAAGAGAGGAGGUAAUCCUCAUCCUAAUAAUCUCCUAUGCGGCUUUGGGGAGACUAUUGAUCACUGUGGUUUGACUCAGUUGCCUAUGGAGGGUUACCGUUUUACUUGGGAAAAAGGAAAAGGUACGCCAGUUUGCAUUGAAGAACGAUUGGAUAAAGUAUUAGCAUCUAAUGGUUGGCGUGAGAUUGUGCCUGGGGCCAGAGUUAUUAAUAAUCUGAUGAGGAAAUCUGAUCAUUCUGCACUGUUUUUGAAUGUCUAUGGAACAUUCCAAAACGGAGGGGGAGGAAGGAGAGGGUUUCGGUUUGAAAUGGCCUGGAUAUAUGAUGAUGGAUGCAGGAAUGUGGUGGAAAAGUCAUGGGAGGAAGGGAGGAGUGAAGGGAUCCAAGACUGUAUAGCACACUGUGGGAACCGACUGUCGAGAUGGGACGGAGACCGGUAUCAUAAGUUUGGUGAAAAGAUCAGGCACCUACGAAAACAGCAAUUACAUCUUAGGGGUCGGACUGAUCUGGCAUCCUUGGAUGAAUUCCAACGCCUGGAAGGAAUUCUGAGCAAUAUCGAGAUCCAGGAGGAUGCUUACUGGAGGCAAAGAGCCAAGCAACACUAG